GCACACUUGAAGCCCACAAUCAUUCCUUCAAGUUCCUGAAGGGACUCAGCUUAACUAUUGCAUACCUUUUGGAUUGAAACUCCAUACAUUCAACAUAAUGCGCAAAUGUCUUGUAGUGCACCAUGGGUAAAAACACGCAGGUGUUAUGCCACGGACUUCCUUUAACUUCUCCCUUUCGAAGCCAGCAGCAGUUCCUUCUUGAGGAGCGAGUGAGAUGAAUAGCUGCCUUGCAUCGUGAAAAUUUCGAAAUGCCUUCUGCUAUGGCUCCAUCAUCCUGAUCACAUAUUUAGGCGGUCGGUUUAUGAAAGCGACCGCGAUGUGACAUUUGGCGGUCUCACCGUGACACCACCAGGUACAAGGGGUGGAUAAUCAGAUUUCAGGCUUCACAUCAAUCCAACGAUGAGCAGCACACAAAGAUUGAUUGGCUUCACUUUCUUGACUCUAGUGUUGGACACCACUGGCAUAUUUGCAUCAAAUAUUGACAGCCUUUCACAAAUUCCUUGUGAGUCACCCUCUUUACCCGCGGGCAGCUUCCACGUUGUCGUUGCAGCUUACGAAGAAAAGCAUUGCUUCAAGCAGUACUUGUGGAAACUAGGACUUACCAAUGCUCUUGUUAUCAUCUAUAGGCGGGUGGAGCCUGAAAGACCCCUUGGCCGUUGGCACGGUCCUUGCGGUAUGGUUGUCCAAGAGAAACUACUGCUUCCCAACCAUGGAAAAGACCUGUCGGCCUUUCAUAGUUAUGUUUUCGAGUACUAUGACAAUCCCCCUUUGGCUGUUUUGUUCCUCCAUGGCCAUGGCCCACAUGCUUACCAUACUGACUGUCAUACUAUAGUUGGCAGAGCACGUUUAUUUUAUAGAGGUCUCGUAUCGCCUUAUGAAGAUGGCGCAGAGUUUGCAAGGCACAUGGUGACGUUGACCAGAUUCAGCAGGCAGGGUGACCCAGAUUGGAUGCAUGUGUUUCCGGAGAGCCCAAUGUCACGGCGCUUGCAAGAGAAGUCUCCUGAAGAGGUUGAGGCGACUUCAAGUUGUGCAAAUCUCUUCAGCAAAUGGUCUGUCAACGCAACUUCAGCUGGUUUCUGGAGCUGUUGCGCAACUUUCAUCCUCCCUUGGGACCGCAUUCUUUGGUACCCAAAAGGAUUUUACAGAGAAGCGCUCCAACAUUCAGUGGAGCCUUAUGAUGAUCAUUGGACUAGUAGGGUGUGUUGGGAAUUUGUCGUGUAUGCAUGGUAUCAGGAACCUGCGGUAACGCCCAGCUUGAAGAAGUUGUACUUGAAGGCAUCUGAUCUGGCAUUGCAAUACGAUUUGAGAGGCUGCACUGAUCUGGAGCCCCCGACUUGUUAGUUUUUCUUACUAAGAAAGGCUUUAAAGGAUCCAAAUUUGGGCCUUUGAAGUCACCACAACACUUAUUACAAUGAUGUGACAUCCUAGUGUCGACGCUAGGACUCCCUAGAGUCACUCGGUAUUACUAGGAGGAUCCGGACCUCUGAUUACAGAACAUUAAUAUUAUAUAUGUGAAGUUUUACUUCAAGUCGUAUGAUUUCAUGAUUAUAUGUGGAAUGUAGCUUUCGUGGUGUCAGGGUUUAACGUAACUAUUAGCUAAGGUAGUGUACUACAUGUGUACACCAGUAGGGUUCGGUGUGUAUGCUGUAGAGCCAUAAAUAGAAAAAAGAUGAAAAUCCGAUGCCUUGAUGUCACCUGGGGCGCGAUCAAAGAAAUACGCUCCCCAUUUUGGGGCUGCAUUUAAAUUUAUUAUUAAAAAAAACAAAUUUGCGUCGAGUGGCUAGAUCGCGACCGGCUACUAGGUAGUACCAUCCCAGGGCCGUAAUCGGAACCUAGGUGGCUUUGCCAUACCGGACAGCCCCGCCGAGGGCCCCAGCUUCAAGCCUUAACUUUAGUUGAACUAAGUUAGACGUUGCCGGUUCUUUUCCGUUGCACGAAGAGAUUGUUGAUUCCCGGGACAGAGCCCCAACCUAUUUGCCCCAGAGAAACAAAAAUCUCCCGAAAAAGUGGCUGACCACCUCGCCGGGUUCGAACCUCUGAUCCUCCGGUUCAUAGACCUUCAUAUUAGACCCCCCCCCCAGGCUAGGUGAACCUGGGGAGGGUAGUAUUAUAUUAUUAGUAUUUAGGGUUCAGGAUUGAAUGUAUGUAAUUAUACGUAGUAUU